CAUGAUUCAUGAGGCACACAGUAGAAUUUUUUAUAUGUCCUCUUGCCUUCACUGAACUCUUUGAAUCACUAUAAAUGCCACACACCUAGCAUCCCAAUAUGCAUAAACAAACACAUACAUCAAGAUUACUCAUUAGAACAAAAGAAAGAAAAGGUGCGAGAGAUGGAGAAGUUCCCCGUGAUCAACUUGGCCAAUAUCAACGGUGAGGAGAAGAAGACUACCCUAGAUCAGAUCGAAGAUGCUUGCCAAAACUGGGGAUUUUUUGAGUUGGUGAAUCACGGAAUAUCCCACGAACUUCUGGAUAGGGUGGAAAGGUUAACAAAAGAGCAUUAUAGGAAAUGCAUGGAGAAGAGGUUCAAUGAGGCUGUGGGAAGAAAGGAGUUAGAGUGUGUCCAAGAUGAACUGAAGGACAUGGACUGGGAGAGUACCUUCUUCUUGCGCCAUCUCCCAACGUCCAACAUCUCUGAAAUCCCUGAUCUCACCAAAGAGUACAGGGAUGCAAUGAAGGAAUUUGCAGAGAAAUUGGAGAAACUGGCAGAGGAGUUGCUAGAUAUGCUGUGUGAAAAUCUUGGAUUGGAGAAGGGGUACUUAAAGAGGGCGUUUCAUGGAUCAAGAGGUCCUAAUUUUGGGACAAAGGUGGCAAACUACCCUGCGUGUCCAAAGCCAGAAUUGGUGAAGGGUCUUCGUGCCCAUACAGAUGCGGGUGGGAUAAUCCUUCUCUUGCAAGACGACAAAGUGAGUGGGCUUCAGCUUCUCAAAGAUGGGCAAUGGGUGGAUGUUCCUCCGAUGCGCCAUUCCAUUGUUGUUAACCUUGGCGACCAGAUUGAGGUAAUAAGCAAUGGGAAAUACAAGAGUGUGGAGCAUCGUGUGAUGGCUCGAAGUGAUGGGACGAGAAUGUCGGUGGCAUCAUUCUACAACCCUGGCAGUGAUGCUGUCAUCUACCCUGCACCACCAUUGUUGGAGAGAGAGGCAAAGGAAACAGAGGUUGCGUACCCUAAAUUUGUGUUUGAGGAUUACAUGAAGCUCUAUGCUACGCUCAAGUUCCAACCAAAGGAGCCAAGGUUUCAAGCCAUCAAGGCUGUCAACUCUUCUUAGAUUACUUCCAACUCCCUCACUCCUUCAUUGGAAGUCUAUAACAACACAAUACAUAUACCCUAUAAGAAGAAUUUUUAUUUAUUUAAAAUAGAAAAAAAAGGAUAAAGACCGCAAUGCUGCAAGACAUUCUUAUUACAACAGUUGAUUUGUUUACUUUGUUUAUAAUAUACAAGUAACUAUUCUUUGUUGGGUCUA